ACAUUAAUUGAUUUCCUCCAAAUGUACUUGACAAGUCAAAAGUCAAAAGUUCAGCAAAGUUCUUCGUCUCAGGCCGUGUUCUGCAGGCACCGGGAGGUCUCACAAGUUGCGAAGAUGACACUGAUUCCUUUCUUUUCUCCUUUAAAAGAGCAGAGUGCUGGACUUUGCCAUUUCAGCAGCUCUCACUGAAGUCAGCACUGGCACACACUUUACACCUGUGCGGGCACGGCUCUGCGCUGCAGGAGAGGGGCCCUGCUUGCCACUGCCCCGCAGAUCAGGGAAUCAGAGAAUCACAGAACAGGUUGGGUUUAAGCGUGUAGCCAGGCAGGAGGCUCCAGGAACAUAUCAGAUCUCUUUCAGUAUGCCAAUCCAUUCCUUCUUUUGUCAUCAUACCUACAUGUAACAAAAUAAGGGCAGAACACAGCUUCUUAAAAUUUGAGUUUGAUGCUUCAUCACAUGUACAUGGAAAGGACAGUCCACAUGUUGCAAAGGCCUGUAGCAACCAUGUGCAGAAGGAUGCCACAAAAGGCUGCUUUUAGAAUCAUAGAAUGAUUUGGUUUGGAAGGGACCUUAAAGAUCAUCCAGUUCCAACGCCUCUGCCAUGGGCAGAGAUACCUCUCACCAGCCCAGGCUGCCCAAGGCCCCAUCCAGCCCGACCUUGAACACCUCCAGGGAUGCGGCAGCCACAGCUUCCCUGGCCAGCCUGUGCCAGUGCCUCACCACCCUCAUAGUGAAGAAUUUCUUUUUAAUGUCUAAUCUAAAUCUGCCCCUUCCAAUUUAAAGCCAUUGCCCCACGUCCUGUCACUACAGGCCUUUGUAAACAGUCCCUUCCCAGCUUUCCUGUAGCCCCUUCAGGUCCUGGAAGGUCGCUAUACGGUCUCCUCGGAGCCUUCUCUUCUCCAGGCUGAACAACCCCAACUCUCUCGGCCCGUCCUCAUACGGGAGGUGCUCCAGCCCUCCGAUCAUCCUCGUAGCCUCCUCUGGACCCGUUCCAACAGCUCCAUAUCCUUCUUAUGUCGAGGAUUCCAGAACAGGACACAAUACUCCAGGUCCCUCAGAUUUGAAUUCUUCUUAAUGUGGUGACCAUACAGGGUGAAAGAAAAAACAUCUUCUGUUUUUCAAUUCGUUCUUUACAGCAUCGUGGUUUACUGUGAAAAGUGAAAGUGAAUCUUUCUGGACACUAAAGGCAGCUGGUAGGCAGAGCAAAAUGCUUUGUUUGAGGCAAGUUUGCUUGUUUACCGUGAGGCGUUACCAAGCUCGGACUCUGAGUAGUGAUCUGCUUUUGAACCAGAUAAGUAACUGCACCCAUGAAGAUGAAGUGUUCAGCCUUGUUGGAAGGAACAAGGCCAGGCUUUCUGAAAAACAUGUGGGAAUUGCAUUGAACAUGCUGUGGCAGUUGCAAAAGAAGAGGCCGCAUCUCUCACGGACUAAUGACUAUAUAAGAAAUCACUCCCAGUUUCUUACCCUUUGCAUUUUAGCAGAAAACAAGGUGGAACACAUGGAAGAUGAGGCCAUAGUGGAUGUCCUAUAUAGUAUUCUGAGGCUCAGUGUUGGAGACCACAAUUCUCUAGAAGAAGUUCUUGUUACAGAAGCAUGGAAAAGAUUAGAAAGGCUUAGUUUGCCAGCUCUGUCUAAAUUUGCACUGUGUUUAUACAAGCAGCGCAGACAUUUCAGUCCUGUUAUUGGCAAAGUAGCUCAUAUUGUGGACAUGAAACUGGAUUACAUACAGGAUAUAAGGGUCUUGUCAGUUUUGAUGAUCAGCAUAUCUGAUGUUAUCUCACAGAGUUUUCGAGAUCGGUUACUACACAAGGCUGGACAGCUCUUGGAAGAGGAGAAUGAGCUCCACUUCAACUAUGCCAAAAGAAUACUCCAGUUUCUUCAAAAUGUUAAACUGAGAUAUCAUCCAUUGCUAGAAAAAUGCAACAAGAUAUUCCUUAGAAGCACCUCCCAUCUCGAUAUACACAGUAUUAAUCUUAUUUUUGGACUGUAUGAGCAGCUGGGUUUUGACAGUGCUGAAUUCCGCUUGGUUGCUAAACAGCUUCUGUCUGAAACUGUAGAUGAUUAUAAUGAUCCUGAAACCUUUGCAAAAUUAUUUUGUGCUCUCGGGCCUAUGGUGGGAUCCAAGGCAAGAGACAGGUUGCUGGUAACUGCAGUACGCAUGGCAGAAGAAUUUAGCAGCCACCAAGUAUUGGUAAUACUGAAGACAAUGCAGAAAAUGAAAUGCAGACAUUCUCGUCUACUCAAAAAAAUGGCUUCUGUUCUGCACAAACAUUUGGACAGCUAUCAUGUAUUGCAGUUGGUAAAGUUAGCACAGUACUUGGUGAUGUUGCGUUGCCAGGAUCUGGAGCUGUUUGCCAAACUAACGACGUUACUAUUUGGUUUUUUAAAAUCUAGUGUCACACCUGCUGAUACUGCUGCAAUAAUUCGUGCUCUGGCCACGCUUCCUUCUGUUCAAGUGGACAAAAUCAUUAUAAACAAAGCAGCAGCAGUCCUGCCUCAAUGCAGGCUCCAUCAUUUGAAUUGCAUUGCUACAGCUCUUGUCAAAUGGAAUCAUUAUGACCAGUUGCACUGGCAAAACAGUUCUGAGCUAUGUGUAAAGCUUCUGCAAAAGCUAAAUGACUGUGGAUUUCAGAGGCUUCAGAAAGCCAACAACUUAGAUCUUCUGUUGGAAGAACUUAGCCAUGUGAAUGCAGACUGGUUUGAGGAAGUCCUCAGUGAGGAAACUGUGGCCAUGUGUCAGCGCUUGAUAGACCAAAUAACAUGGGCAAAUGUAUUGCAGUUGUCUAUUUUUCUCAUGAAAACAAACCUCCGUUGUCCUUCAUUACUUGAUAGAAUAGCUGCUGUGACUGUGGAAAACAUAGACAAGAUCCACCCCUUUGAAAUCUAUUUUAUUCUUGUCCUUUUCUCUGCUCUGAAUUAUGACCCUCCUGCCAAUGAAGAGUUAUUUGAAACUUGUAUCCAACAUCUUACUUCAAACUUGAGUUGUUUUGAAACUCACCACUUGGUGCUGCUUGGUCAUGUUUUGGCAGUGGCUGGGUAUUUUCCUCCAGUUCUGAUAAUGAGGAUAUUUAAUGUUUCCUUCCUAAGCAAACUGGAUUCUCAACUUGAAGUCCUGCCUGAUAGCCUAAAACAGAGGGUCUGCUUGCACCUCAUGAAGCUGAACAGAGCAGUCUGUCUGGAAUGCCCAGAGUUUCGCAUCCCUUGGUUUCACGAGCACUACUGCCAACGUGUCUUUCGCAACAGCAGGAGCCGAAUAAAUCCCCUGCGACAGCAUAUUCACAGAAUGCUGACAGAGAUCUUAGGAGGGAGCAAUUAUGCAAGAAUGUCUGUUCUCACGCCAUACUACUAUGAAAUAGAUUUUGAGUGCAUUCUGGACGAAAAUAAAAACCCCCGUUCCUAUAUGGCUCAGAAUAUACCUUUGGAUGAUGUGAAGGGAAUACACUUGAGCCAUGAUGUCAAGGAUGAAGGAAGAAAGGCUCUGCCACCAGGAGCUCAGAGAAUUGCUUUAGAAUUUCUUGAUUCAAAAGCUUUUAGCAAAGAUUCACGUCAUCUGAAAGGAGAAACUGCAGUGAAAAAACGACACCUGGAAGUGCUGGGGUACCGGGUAGUUCAGAUUCCCCACUUUGAAUGGAAUUCUAUGGUUCUGUCAACAAAAGGCGAACGGGUAGAAUAUCUGAGAAGGCAUCUAUAUGGAAUACAGUGAUGACAGGCAUGAAGCCAAAAGUUCUUUUUAUACACUUUAUGUACCAUUAAACGUCUUGUGAUCCUGGAAUACUUAGUUUCAAAAAUCUCUUUAUCUGUGAAUCUGCUGGACCAAGGCUUGGCAGGUAUCAAGAGAUCUAAUACCCAGUUUAUUGAGGAUUGCAAAAGCUAGGUCACGAUGGGCCAUGAAGAUGUGAUAAGGAUGCUAAAAAUCUCCCAGUAUCUGGAAGCUGUUCUUUAAGUACAUGAAUCUGUGACAGUUUUUGCCAUAAAAAUAUAUUAUUAUCUCCAAAAUAAAUAGCGCAGAGGCUUAGCCAGCCAUAAAAGUACCCAAAGAAAAAGUUGGAAAUACUCUUGCUGUGAGAGUGGAGGCAGCAAAUCUCUGGAAACCGUCUGUCCUCCAGCAUGUGACAGAAUGAGCAACAGGGAUCAAACAGUAUCUGUACUGUGAAACCAAGAAACUGAAACGCAGAUUUACUAAGAAUAGGACUGCUAUUGCAGCCAGUCUGUUUCCAUCUUCCAGAACAGAGGUACUGUGGGUGAUUGUGUCGGGGGAGGGUGUUGUGUGGUGAAGAACCUCCAGCUGCUUCUCCAAUCCUGUGCCGUGGCAUGUGCUGACGAAGUAUGGCUUGAGCCUUCUGGAACACCUUCACAUACGUAACAAGAUAGACAUGUUCUAGAAGUCUGGCAGCCACCCAGACCCUGGAGGCACCUGUACUCCAGUUAAAUGCUACUUGGAAGGGAUACCUGAAAGAUUUAUACAAGGUAAGGAGAAAAUAAUGCUUCUGUCAGACGCAGGCACUUGGAUAAUUCAUGAAAAUUAUUAUUAUGGCUUUAUGCAUUGGACUAGCUUUUGCUAAUAGAAAUAAACCAAAAUUAGACAAACCAUGUGACCUGCCUACUCUCUAAAUAAGACAGUGUACCAAAGAGCAAAAUUAGGCUGAAAAUCGAAGCAAGAAUUGAGACCAAGAAAAGUCUUCAGAAAGUGGCACCCACCUUGGUUACUGGUAGUUAAAAACAUUGCUGUUUGAUUCAACAUGUUUCAAAACCAUCUGCCAGUUACCAGGCUUCCUGUGAUCAUGCUCAGCCAGUGUUUGUGUCAGCAGGUGUAAGAUAUGGAGAUAUAGACGGAAACAGGAGAAUGUUCAUUGGGGAGAGUAACUGUAGAGUGGUCAGACUCCUGCAGACCAGCUUGCUUCCAGAGGCAGCCACGUUGUGACCACAGCUGCUGUUACCUCGUGACGACUCCUAGCUGUGCCCGUCUCUCAAACAUGCACAGUAUGUUUUCUUGCCCUUUUUAGUAGAAGCAACAGACUUUUUUGAAACCGGGCAGAGGUUAAGCGACUGCAGUUCUGAACUGAUCAUUAUACACCUGUCUGACAUCUUGUUUUUUUCGCUACAUUUUUAUUGACUGAAUACAAAUCAGGACACUAAUGCAAAACAAGGAAAAGCCGACAGAAGUAUUCUAAGCUGGCAGGUGCUUUCCUUCUGAGGCAGCCCUCAUGUUUCUGGGAUGACUGAAAAAAAUGGUAGAUGGUUGUCUGCUUAUAGUAUCAAAUGGACAAGGGCCCCAAGACUUAGAAAAGACACAGCACAUAGGUAGAAAGACCAUAGGUGCAUUGUAUUUUGUGUAACAUGAAGAAGAUAAUCAUAGUUUAGGAUCUCAGAAGGUGGGCCAGAUGGCCUUGGAGUAGCAACCGUGGAGUGUAAGAAAGGUGGCAGUGACUUUAGCUGAAGUGACCAGUCAUGGGUGGUCACGUGUUCAAGCUGAACCCUGCUUUCCAGGUGUCCAGUAGGCACUCUGUGCCCAGCCAGGUAUCUUCAAGUUAUGUAUGGAUAAAGUUAUGAGUAUUCACAACGGGAAGAGGAUUAAAACUUACUAUAAGUGGAUUCAGAACGGGCAUCAAAGAAAAGCAAAACUGAAGAGUAUUUCAGUAAAAUAUGCUGCUUUUGAUCCUUUGAAGACAUUCUAUCUAAAUUAAUUCAGCAAGUGUUAGAGCAGAUGGGCUGGUGUAAAGCAGUGAUUUAACUGGAGCCAAUGAAAAGAUACGAAGAACAGCUGAACAUUUGGAUACUAGAAGGGAAAACAGAAAAGAUGGCCCACACAUUAAUAAUACUGGUGUACAAUAACAUUCUAAGUGAGCUGUGAUGGCUGGGUCUCUGCCAGAUGUUUACCUCCAUCUCCUAGGAAGGCAACACAACGAGUCAUUUGCGAGUUGGAAUUCCUACUCUGUCUGGUAUGGUGGGCUGCUUCUCCAGUUUUCCUGCUACAUCAGUUGCAGUUAGAUUUAGAUUUAUGGCACCCUCUUGAUUCAGUGGAGAAAUCCUUUGAAAAGCUAUUCUAUAACAAAGGUGGGCAUACUCUGCUUUAAGAGAACUGAGCGCUCUGUUUUGGGCAAAAGCUAUA